UGAGCCUGCCACAGACACUAAUUCAUAAUUUAAAUUUUAAUUCCAGCUGCAAGCCGGCUAAAUGGAAGUCUGGAGUUUCUUAAAAAUUUCAAAUCUUAUUUAAUUUCAAUUAGCCAAAAACUACAGUAAAUUUUAUUCGUUAAAAACUAAGUUACAUUUUAUAACAUUUGUAUAGUACAAAAGUAUUGUGGCUUGACUAAAGUAGAUACAUAACCACGUGUACUUAUUAAAAAAAUUUAAUUAAUUAACUGGAAAAUACCGUGACUACCUAGUUAUACCUCAAAGUGGAGUUACAUGUGAUUGGGGAUUCUCGUUCGAGACUUCGAGCUAAGUGAAUUACUUCCACGUGUUACUACUAUGUCGAAUGCAGAGAGUGACCUACGGGACGGACUGUCGGCUAAGGAAAUCUUUGCAAAUAGCGAAGGGCUGACUUACAAUGAUUUCCUUCUACUGCCUGGAUUCAUAGACUUCACGGCGGAAGAGGUGGAUUUGACUUCACCUCUUACAAAGAAGAUAAACCUGAAGGCACCGCUCGUAUCGACUCCAAUGGACACCGUCACCGAAGCGGACAUGGCGAUCGCGAUGGCUCUGUGCGGUGGCAUCGGCAUCAUCCAUCACAACUGCACUGCCGAGUACCAGGCCAAUGAAGUCCACAAAGUGAAGAAGUAUAAGCAUGGCUUCAUCAGGGACCCAGUCUGCAUGGGGCCUACUAACACGGUCGCAGAUGUUAUAGAGGCCAAAAAAACAAAUGGUUUCACAGGAUAUCCUAUCACAGAAAAUGGCAAGCUGGGUGGGCGUCUCAUUGGCAUUGUAACUUCCAGAGAUAUUGACUUCAGGGAAGGGGAUCCACAGUUGAGUCUCAAAGAAGUUAUGACCCCAAUCAACGAAAUGAUAACUGCACAAUCUGGGGUCACAUUACAGGAUGCAAAUUAUAUUCUUGAGAAAAGUAAGAAGGGGAAAUUACCAAUCAUAAAUGGAUCAGGUGAACUUGUAGCUUUAAUCGCCAGAACGGACUUGAAAAAGGCCCGUAGCUAUCCAAAUGCAUCAAAAGACUCUAACAAACAGUUAUUAGUAGGGGCUGCAAUCGGCACACGAGAGGCUGACAGAGAACGGCUUAAGCUUCUUGUCAGCAAUGGAGUAGAUGUAAUUGUUCUAGACUCUUCUCAGGGAAAUUCAACAUAUCAGAUAGAAAUGAUUAAGUUUAUUAAAAAAACUUACCCAGGUAUUCAAGUCAUUGGAGGGAAUGUUGUUACAAGGAUGCAGGCUAAGAAUCUCAUUGAAGCAGGAGUAGAUGCCCUGAGGGUUGGGAUGGGCAGUGGAUCUAUUUGUAUUACUCAGGAAGUCAUGGCCUGUGGCUGCCCCCAGGCUACAGCUGUGUACCAAGUUUCCUCAUAUGCUCGUCAAUUCAACAUUCCAGUAAUUGCAGACGGUGGUAUUCAGUCGGUAGGCCAUAUUGUAAAAUCCCUUGCAUUAGGGGCCUCUACUGUUAUGAUGGGAUCCCUCCUCGCUGGUACCUCAGAGGCACCUGGAGAAUAUUUCUUCUCUGAUGGUGUAAGACUAAAGAAAUAUAGAGGAAUGGGAAGCUUAGAAGCAAUGGAGAACAAAGAAGGAAAAGGUUCAGCAAUGAGCCGCUAUUUCCAUAAGGAAACUGAUAAACAUAGAGUAGCUCAAGGUGUGAGUGGAAGUAUUGUUGACAAAGGCUCAGUACUCAGAUUCCUUCCAUACCUGCAAGCUGGCAUGCAACACAGCUGUCAAGAUAUUGGAGCUCGCUCUCUGCUCAAAUUGAAGGAAAUGAGCUACUCUGGAGAUCUCAGAUUCAUGAAGAGAACAUACUCUGCACAGCUUGAAGGAAAUGUACAUGGUUUAUUUUCUUAUGAGAAACGAUUAUUCUAAAUCAUUAUACUGGUGUUAAGUAUUAGUCCUUUAUGUACCUUUGUGAUACUUUUUAACAGAUUUAAUGCAUUUUUAACAUAUUUUUGUGACCACAUGAAAUGUAUAUUGGAAAGCAAAUCCAAAAAUAAAUAUUUUGUGUACCUAUUAAGCUCAGCUUAAAUGGAACUGCAGGUGUUAAUAUUAUAAAACAAAUUCCAUUUUAGUAUGUACUUGUUUAUUUCAUUUAUAUAUUAUGAUGUUGAUGUGUUAACUAAGGUAAGGACAAGAUGUAAAAUAUAUUUCGCAAAUAAAAGUUUACAGAUUUAAGAGA